GAUAUUAUUCAUGCCUAAUUUAUUGUAUGUUACUGAUGAUUAGUUAGUACUUUUCAAUUGUGUGUUAUCUUGUAAACAUAUUCACAGCCGUAGGUUUAACUUAAUGACUUUUUCCAAAUGGUUCUCUUUAUUGGCAACCUUAUCUACAGUGGUGGUGGUAGACGCAGACUUGUUCACCUCAGUCCACGAAAUGGAAAAUCUGGCACAUUAUGAGCAGAGGCUUUUGGAACAUUUACAAUCCUAUUUACUCGAUCAGCAAAUAAAACUGGAUUUUAUAACUCAGAAGUAUGAUGAGCUGUCCAGUAGAAGAGUGGACAAUACUCCUCAAAACAACCUUGGCAACCCCAUCACAGCUUUUGCACUGGUCAAAAGACUUGUCAGAGACUGGCCACUUGUUCUGAACCUCUUGGUGGAAAAUUAUGUUCCACCCAAUCACCUUACGCAGCUGCCCAGAGAAAAGGAGUUGCAGAGUGCCCUGCGGGGACUCGCCAGGCUGAAGGACGUUUACAACUUAAGUGCUACUCAACUAGCCAACGGCAUGAUAGGAGACAUGCAUGACCAAACUAUUAUGACAGCAUCUGACUGCUACGAUAUGGGCAAGUAUUCAUAUGAACGGAUGCAAUAUUAUACCUCAAUAUCAUGGUUCAACGAAGCAAAAAAAAAAAUACAGAAUGGGGAUAAAACAGUUCAACAGGAAAAAGUCUUAGCACAUAUGUUCUUGGCUUCAUCAUUUGCUGGAUGUUUCGUGCCAAACCAGACUUUUAAUAGUAACCGACUGCUGCAGCAGUUGUUGUCAGACUUUCCUAACUUCACACUCAAUCACGAGCUCAGCCGGGACUACAAGGAGGCUUGGGUCAAGAACUGCACUUGGAUCAGAGAGGUGAAAAAAAAAUAUUUCGAUGAAGACAAUAACAAGUAUGAUAUGAUCUAUAAGAAGAUGUGCCGCAGGGACUUUAACAUGACAACGUCAGGAUUAAGAUGCCAUUACGUCCACUACGGCAAUCCUCGUCUUCUUAUAGCACCCUUCAAGCUGGAAGAAAUUCACUUGGACCCUCCUCUCAUUGUCUUCCAUGAUGUUAUCUCUGACCAUGAAAUAGAAAAGAUAAAGAGCAACUUCCUUAAAAAUUGGAAGCAUUGUAACACAAGUAGUAGCUACACCUCAACUGUCACUACUUACCGAACCUGCGAGUCGGCGAAGGUCACUGACAAGGACCCAACCUCCGCACAACUGUCCCGCAGAGUGCGCGACAUGACAGAUCUCUCCAUAGACACCAGUGAGGAGAACCAAGUUGCCUGCUACGGUCUCGGCGGGGAGUUCAAGUUGCACUAUGACUUAACUAAUGAAUCUCUGUCUGAUGUUAACCACAGAGGCAACAGACUAGCCACUCUCAUGUUCUACCUCAGCGAUGUGCAGAGUGGAGGUUACACAGUGUUCCCAGAACUGCACAAGGCUGUUACUCCACGUAAGGGCACUGCCCUGUUCUGGUUCAACAUGGAUGCCCAAGGGAAACGCUUAGGCAAGAUGAUACAUGGCGGAUGUCCUGUGCUACAGGGUACAAAGUUGGUUUUAAAUAAAUGGAUUCAUGAGGGCAACCAAGACUUCGAGAAACUGUGUCCUUCAGAUAGGAACUUUCCUAAACAACACUUCUAUUUAAAUAAAAAGAGAUAACUUCAAUUCA